CCUUGUAGACCCACGCGAGAAAUCAUAAAACGCGACAAGCCUUUGUACGCACCAUGUCGCCUGCAUCGUCACGCACGAGUUUCGACGAUGCCUUGCUAUACGUCGAGGGUAUCAUCAUCCCUCCCUUGGUCGUCAUGAUGAAACGCGGCUGCGGACCUGAAGUCCUGCUCAAUAUCUUCCUCUGCUUUUGCGCUUGGAUACCGGGAGUCAUACACGCGUGGAUCGUCAUCGCUCGGAAUCCAUCAAGACCACCGGUCACGGCCUACGAUCAAGCCGAAUACAACCUCUAGUGAAACCUCUGUGGUUCUUUCGGAUCGGCGGAACGCACGCUUCGACAUUCGAGAUAUUAUUGUAUCCAUUCCACGAUCGUGCUCGACAACAAUCAACAUCUUGUACUCGUAUAUACCAGAGCGAUAUGAGCCCGCCUGUACACCUCGCACUUGUCAUAUGUUGUCCAU